GGGCUGUGGCCGCGCAUGCGCAAUGGUCCGUGCCGCGUGGCCCGGCGGCAGAGGGCGGUCAUGGCGGGGCCCGAGCCGGGUCCGUCUGUGCUGUUCCUGCACCCGGACCUGGGCCUGGGCGGCGCGGAGCGGCUAGUGGUGGACGCGGCGCUAGCGCUCCAAGCGCGCGGGUGCCGCGUGCAGAUCUGGACGGCGCACUACGACCCGGCGCGCUGUUUCGCGGAGACGCGGCGCUUGGCAGUGCGCGCCGUCGGGGACUGGCUGCCGCGCAGCCUGGCCGGCCGCGCCCACGCGCUCUGCGCUGCGCUGCGCAUGCUCUACGUGGCGCUGUGCGCGCUGCUCUGCGCCCCGCCACCCGACGUCUUCGUCUGCGACCAGGUGUCUGCUUGUAUCCCAGUUCUUAAACUGGCCAGGAAUCGUAAGAAAGUUUUGUUUUACUGUCACUUUCCUGAUCAGCUUCUGACCAAAAGAGAAUCUUUUCUUAAACGCAUUUACCGCGCUCCGCUGGACUGGCUGGAAGAGUACACCACUGGCAUGGCAGAUUGCAUUGUCGUCAACAGUGAAUUUACAGCAAACGUCUUUGCGGAUACCUUUAAGUCCUUAUCUCACAUAAAGCCUGACGUCCUAUACCCUUCGUUGACUGUCAGUGCCUUUGAAUCCAUAGUUCCUGUAGAAAUAGCAAAUGUAAUUCCCAAACACACCAAAAAAAUGUUUCUUUCAAUUAAUAGAUUUGAAAGGAAAAAAAAUCUAGCGUUGGCUCUAAAUGCCUUACAUGAUCUCCGUGGGAGACUUGUUGCUCAAGAGUGGGAUGACAUUCAUCUAGUUUUGGCAGGUGGCUAUGAUGAAAGGGUGUUGGAAAACGUGGAACACUACAAGGAACUGAAGGAUAUUGUGACCAGACUUAAUCUUGGUGAGCACGUCACUUUCCUGAGGUCUUUUACAGAUGAACAAAAAAUCUCUCUUCUCAGUAACUGUAUGUGUGUGCUUUAUACACCAAGUAAUGAACACUUCGGUAUCGUUCCUUUGGAGGCUAUGUAUAUGAGAUGUCCAGUCGUAGCAGUUAAUUCAGGUGGCCCUUUGGAAUCUAUUGUAAAUAAUGUCACAGGAUUUUUAUGUGACCCUUCUCCAACACAAUUUUCUGAGGCCAUGGAAAAAUGUGUGAAAGACCCUCUCUUAAAGAAUACAAUGGGAGCAGCUGGAAGAGCGAGAGUUAUGGAAAAAUUUUCAUCAGAAGCAUUCACGGAACAGCUGUACCAAUACAUAUGUAGAUUAACACAAUAACAAUUAUGUUCUCUUGCACGUUUUAACCACUUGUUAAUAUGAAACUGUUGUGAAAGCUAACAUCCAAAAUAGCACGGGUAUGAUAAAAUAUUCAGAACAUUUGAAUUUAUCUUUUAAUUAUGCUGCUUAUGCUAUGUUUGCUAGUUCUUGCCACCAAAGAAACCCAAUCAAAGGGAAUUUUAAUUGAAGAUUCAAUCUGUCAAAAGGGUGACAGAUUUGUUGUCGUAGUUGAAGGCCCUGAUCAAAUUCUUGUCCUAUGUAUGACAUAAUAGAAGGAACAAUAACCAUUGCUAGGCUUUCUAAUUUCCUAAAUUGUGUCCUUCAUGACAGAAGUGACUUAAAAUUAUAUAAAAUACUUGCAUAAUAACUGCAGAGAAGUUUAAAUAAGGAUUGCCAUGCAUUUGGGGUUUUUUUUACUGUUGUAACUUAUCCAUAGCUUUCCAUUUGAAUGACUCUUUAAAUGUCUGCCAGAUAUCUGUAGAUUUUUCUUUUUGUUGUUUUUUGUUUUAAUGCCAGUCAGUAGCUUCAUCAUCAUCAUGAGUAGUCCUAGACUGUGUUCUUCCUCUAAUGGUAUAAUAGCCAUACCUAACAUUAUGAUCCCAGAACCUACUGUUUUUACAGAGCUAGCAGAACAAUGAACUCAAAGAUGUUAAAAUCUCUUGAGCAAAAAUGGGAUAAGGAAUCGCCUGCCCGUUAGAGAUCUUUGAAUACUGGCUACUACACUAACAUUUUACUUUGCCACAGAAUUGCUUACUAUAUUUAAAGAAGUUUUUAACUUCUGACUCCAAAGUUUUCAGUUUCUUAAUUGUUUCUGUUAAACAUGUAAUUAUAUAUUUUUUUAUGAAAUGAUAUUCUGACAGAAAAAGUGAUGACUUCCAGCUUGCUAAAAUAAAUAAAUAAAUGGGAUCAAAUAAAAUGCAAUUAAUUUUGUCUACUAGACCUUUCUCAAUAUGGUUUUCCUUAGCUGAUUAACUCUCCCUCCCCAGCUGUAGCUUGAAGUGUAAAAACAGGUCUCUCGUCUUUCUUCCCUACCCCUUUAAAGUUGUAUUUUAUAGUCCUGAAGUGUGCAAAAAUGGUCAUCUGAAUUAACAUUUCCCACAAUCAGAAUCUUUGAAAAUUAUUUUUUAAUAGAGGGUUUCAUUUAUAGCACAAAUGAGAUUAGGUCUUUAAAACAAAGGUGGUGCAUGAGGUUAAAGCCAGAGAAGCUUAUAGAACUCAUGUCUAUGGAUUGCGGAAAUUGGACAGACCAAGAACAUAAUAUGGGUAUGAAGUGAAAUGCAGCCUUAAGUACUGAUCGUGCAAUCUACUCUAAGCAGAUUUGAGUAGGGAGUUAGUUUCAGGAUCAGGGCCCUAGAUAUAUUUUGUACACAGUGGUUUUCAUAGUGGGUGAUGUCCUCCUGGUUGUAGACAUCACUUGGAAAGAUUACAAGGUAUUGUUAUUUUAUGGCAUCAUAUGGCUUUCUAAAAUGUUCCUCUUAGUUUAUUGUCUCUGUUAUAUACUGUAUACCCUAAAGUUUAUAUUUUGACCAGAAAACCUGGUAGGGACACAAGAAGAGCUAACACUUUUAUGUAAUAAAUUUGUGCUUUCCAUCUGUGGACAAAGAA